AUGGAGCCCCUGGAUCAGAACUACUGGUACCCCCUUUCAUCAGACCUAAACUCCUCCGGAGCCUCUCCCCCAUACCUCCUCUCUCCCUUCUCUCAACUCUACAACAUCUCCAACAUGUCCACCCACAGCGCGCCCUUCGAGGGCAGCAGCACCCUGCUGACUGCGGUCAUCUACCUCACCGUCUUCGUGGUGGGGCUGAUCGGCAACACUCUGGCCAUCUACGUGGUGCUGCGCUACGCCAAGAUGAAGACGGUCACCAACAUCUACAUCCUGAACCUGGCCGUGGCGGACGAGCUCUACAUCAUCGGCCUGCCCUUCCUCACCACGCAGAACGUGCUCUCUUACUGGCCCUUUGGCUCCUUCCUGUGCCGCGUGGUCAUGACCGCGGACUCCAUGAACCAGUUCACGUCCAUCUUCUGCCUCACGGUCAUGUCCAUCGACCGGUACCUGGCCGUGGUUCAUCCCAUACGCAGCACCAAGUGGAGGCACCCUCGAGUGGCCAAGGUGGUGAGCGCGGCCGUGUGGGGCGUGUCUUUUGUGGUCGUGCUGCCGGUGGUCAUCUUCUCGGAUGUGCAGGAUAAAUUCUACUCCUGUAACAUGAUCUGGCCGGAGCCAAACAAUCUGUGGUCGACGGCCUUCAUCCUCUACACGGCCAUCGUAGGCUUCUUCGGACCGCUGCUCAUCAUCUGCCUGUGUUACCUUCUCAUCGUCAUUAAGGUGAAGUCCUCCGGGGCGCGGGCGGGUUUCACCAAACGUCGGAGGUCAGAGCGCAAAGUGACGCGCAUGGUGGUGGUGUUCGUGCUGGUGUUCGUGCUCUGCUGGCUGCCCUUCUUCAUCAUCAACAUGGUCAACCUGGUGGUCAUCAUCCCGGAGUCCAGCGUCACGGCUGGCAUCUACUUCUUCGCGGUCAUACUGUCGUACGCCAACUCCUGCGCCAACCCGCUGCUCUACGGCUUCUUGUCGGACAACUUCAAACAGAGCAUCAGAAAAGUGCUGUGUGUCAGCACUCUGAGGUGCUCCACCAAUGGCGUGGAUGACGGUGACCCCAACGCCGCACGCAGUGAGAAGACGACAGCAAAUGAGUGCAUCCUGCUUUCACAUCGCGAUCAAGUUUACCAAGGACCCCAGAGCAGCCAGAUUUCUCCUCACCCCUUGGUCUCGCUGAGCUCUCCCUCUGCAGCAGACUUGCGCCGCUCCUCCGCCUCUCUGUAUCAGUUUUCCUCCGCCUGCCCGGGAAGCAAACCCACAGCCGUAACCUCCGCCGCAGCCGCCACGGUAACCACGGUGAUAACCGUGGCCGAACCUCCCACCGUCACUGCCCUGACCACCCCCUCCUCCUCCAUGGCGCCACAGGAGCAGUAA